AUGGCUGGACCCGACGCCAUCCUGCUGGUGCUGCCCAUCUCCUCCAGGUUGGGUCAGGAGGAGUGGGCGGCCAUGGAAGCCCAGCUCAGACUGCUGGAGACACCCAUCUGGCAGCGAGCGGUCAUCCUCUUCACUCACGGGGACAGAUUAGGACCGCUGUCGAUCCAGGAGUACGUGAGGCGACAGGGUGGGACUCUGCAGUGGCUGCUGGAGCGAUGUCAGAACCGCUACCAGGUUCUGUCCAGUCUAUGCAGUACGGCGCAGCUUCAGGUCAGACAGCUCAUUAAGAAGGUCCAGAUGAUCGCAGAAGCUUCGAGGACUAUCACAAAGAUAUACUACAGGGUGAACAUCCAGCUGGGAGAUCUGAGCCUGGGGGGGACCAGGAGUCUGCAGGAGCCAGAGCUGAUGGGGAAGGAGUAUGAUGGUGCGGGACCAAGACAGACAGGAUUCACAGCCGCUUCUGGUGCGGCGCUGUCCCUCAUCCUGCUGGGACGCAGGAACUCCGGGAAAAGCUCAGCAGGCAACAUGAUCCUGGGCAGGGAGGAGUUUCUGACGGACAUACAGACGGUCUGCUGCUCUGCAGGCCAUGCAGACGUAUCAGGGCGGUCUGUGACGGUGGUGGACACGCCUGGGUGGAGUCUGUUCGCUCAGGCCGACCCUGAGGAGGUGCAGAGGGAGAUCCUGAAGAGCCCCUCGCUCUGUGCUGCUGGGAGCAAAGUCAUGGUCCUGUUGGCCAUUCCUGUGGACUCCUUCAGAGAGAAGGACAGGAAGGCUGCGGAGACGUAUGUCAGGCUGCUGGGGGAGCGAAUUUGGAGCAGCACCGUGGUUCUGUUCACUUAUGGAGACGCUCUGUGGAGAAAAACCAUGCAGGAUCACAUUAAGGAGAAGGGCCCGCCUCUGGAGUGGAUUCUGGACAAGUGUGAGCACCGGUUCCACGUGUGCGACACAAACAGCACGGACCCGGAUCAGGUCACACGGCUCCUUCAGAUGGUGCAGAGCGCUUAGGAACCAUCCAUCUGGAAUAAGGCUUUUUUCCACUGAAGAAUUUUAUUAAAUAUUUAUUAUAAUUGCAUAAAACAGAAAUGUAAACCUUUUUUCCUCCAGAAUGUAAAUUUGAAACAUGCCUGUCACAUUUUAUGUUAAAACAAAAAUCUUUGGUCAUUUGAAGCCAAAAUC